UCUGUGGCGCCCGCCGGCUUAAUGAUUAAGUCCUCGCACGAAGAAGCGUGCCUCUGCUGGACUUGGCUCUCAGAGAAAUGUGUGCUUGUCACACAACGCACCUUUGGUCAAGGUUCUCUAGUCCACGCGCCUGUUGCUUGUCACCUCUUGGAGUGUCAGUCACUGGCCUUUCCCAGGUCUGCAGGAGCCCACGGCUGUAGCAGACGCAUGAACACGGCUGUCCUUCACGUUACCCCGCGGACACCGUACGAGUCUAGUGGUAAGCCUUCCCGCACCGGUAACAGGACGUCUGAGGAUUUUGGCCAAAUAACAAGCAAGAAUGAGGAUGGUAAGUCUCGAGAGCUAUGCUGGCCAGUGAGCAUCUUCCUGAAAUGCGCAGUUUUUUCAGUUUUGGUUUUGACUGAGACAACCAUUUCUCACUAGUAAGACCUUAAGAUUGGGGCGCCUGGGUGGCUCGGUCGGUUAAGCAUCCGACUCUUUUGAUUUCGGCGCAGGUCGUGAUUUCAGGGUCUUGAGUUCGAGCCCCACGAUGGGCUCCACGCUGGUCAUGGAGCCCACUUAAAAUAUAAACAGAAAGAUAGUAAAAAUCAGACCCCAAGAUAACAUCUUACACAAAUGAGAACUUUGUGAGAAACCGUCGUGUAUCGUUACCGUUGGGAAGAGGCUUGGGGCGUGCGUGCGUCCGGAGAGAGAACGGUCCUGGCGCAGUGUGUUCUCAGAAGCGAAGCCGGGCUAGGACCGAAGCGAGGCACCACAGAGCGACUGCACAUCCAGCCACGUCCAUGGUUGCCGAAGCUGGACACACACCGAGGGUUCACCGACAGCGGGACGGCCGAGCGCUGGUGUGGACCUCGGGCACCUUACCCGAUCGUCCUUCAAAUGGUGAUAAUAAAACUCCGGCUCGGAGUUGUCCGACAGGUUCGAUGAGAUCACCAAUGCGCAGUGCUUGGCCUUCCCCAAGGACCCCCUGUAACAGACUUCCCGACCCAGCUCCCCUCCUCGUCACUCUGCAGCUCCCGUCUCUUAACUCCUCGGCACCCGUCACCCUCCAUGCCUCCUGGGUACCAUCAGGGCAUCUCAAACCGCCAAGUCUGGGUUUCUGGCAGGGAGAUCCAGGAUGAGGAGCUGCAGAAGUUUUGUUCCCGGGUUGUUAAGCUGCUGCAGAAGGACGAGCCGGGGCCCGAUGCGGUGGACGCCCUGCAGAGGCUCUUCCUCAUCGUCUCAGCCACGAAAUACAAGAGGAAGCUGGAGAAGACGUGCGUGGACCUGCUGCAGACCACCCUCUGCUCGCCCAAGUGUCCCGAGCAGCUCCAGUUCCUUUGUGCCGCCAUCCUGAGAGAGAGGUCGCCUGCUGAUAGCCUGAGCCUGUCCUGGGACCACGUCCAGAGCAGCCAGCAGCUGAGCCUGGUGGCCUCUGUGCUCUUGGCCCAGGGUGACAAAAAGGAGGAGGUCCGAAGCGUGGGCCAGCACGCCUUCAGAGUCCUCGAGAGCCGGCAGCCCGAGGGGCCCAGUCUGAGACACCUGCUCCCGGUCUUGUCCAAGGUCACGCACCUGGCCCCGCACACCCUCCAUGAAGACCAGACCAACCUGCUCAGCAAGAGGCUGGUGGAGUGGCUUCGCUACGCGAGCGUCCAGCAAGGGGUCGCACACACUUCCGGAGGCUUCUUCUCCACACCCAGAGCCCGGCAGCCGGGCCCGGUCACCGAGGUGGAUGGGGCGGUGGCCACAGAUUUCUUCACGGUGCUGUCCACGGGCCAGCACUUCACGGAGGACCAGUGGCUGAACGUGCAGGCCUUCUCCAUGCUGCGGGCAUGGCUGGUGCACAGCGGCCCCCAGGGCCCCAGCACCCCGGACGCAGACGACAAGUCGGAGCUGGAGGGCUCCACCCUGUCCGUGCUAUCGGCCACCUCCACCGCCAGCCACCUGCUGCCCCCCCAGGAGCGGCUGAGGGAGAAGGCCUUCGAGUACUGUCAGCGCCUCGUGGAGCAGAGCACGCGACGAGCCCUGAGAAAGGGGGACGCGGACCUGCAGAAAGCCUGCCUGGUGGAGGCCGUGCUGGUGCUGGACACACUCUGCCGGCAGGACCCGUCCUUCCUGUACCGCACGCUGUCCUGCCUGAAGGCCCUGCACGCGCGGCUGUGUGGGGACCCGGCCCGGGCGCGGGCGCUCCUGCCCAUCGCGCAGUUCUUCCUGAGCCACGGGGAGGCGGCCGCCGUGGACUCGGAAGCCAUCCUGCAGCACCUGUUCACCAGGGUCCCCUGCGAGCUCUUCCACAGCCCCAUGCUGGCCUUUGAGUUCGUCCGCUUCUGCGGGGACAGCCUUCCCCUGUUCGGCAGGAACCUUGACAUUCUCAAGCGGAGCUUCCCCAACCUCUUCAAGCUCCUGGCCUGGAACAGCCCGCCCCUCACCUCGGAGUUCGUGGCGCUCCUCCCGUGGCUGGUGGACGCCAGCACAGCCGUGGAGAUGCUCCACGCGCUGCUGGACCUGCCCUGUCUGACUGCGGCCUUGGAUCUGCAGCUCAGGCUGUCACCGGCUGCGUCGGAGAGGCCACUGUGGGACAUCUCCCUCAGGAACCCCAGCUGCCUGGAGGCCUCCCGAGACCCAGAGUUCCAGGCUCUUCUCCAGCACCUGUUGCGGGCUAAGGCCAGCGGAACUGUGCAGGGGUUGGCACCACUCCACCAGCUGCUGCAGCCCAUGACCAGCUGCGCCCGUGUGGUCCAGUGCGCCGAGGCCGUGCCCACCCUGCUCCAGGCGUUCUUCUCCGCGGUGACCCAGGGUGCUGAGCUCACAGCUCCUGGCCCUGUGCGCGCUGCACCCGUCGCUGGUGGUCGACCUGGCGAAAGAGCUGCUGGAGUUUGUGGGGAGCGUGAGCAGCGUCCACAGCAGAGGGGCCAUGCUCGCCGCCGUGGCCUGGGCCGUCGGCGAGUACCUGUCCGUGUCCUGGGACCGGCGGUGCACCGUGGAGCAGAUCACCAGGUUCUUCGAGGCCCUGGAGGCCCUGCUGUUCGAGGUCACCCAGUCCCGCCCGUCUGCCGCCCUUCCCAAGUGCCCCCCACAGGUCAUCGCCGUGCUCAUGACCACGCUGACCAAGCUGGCCUCCCGGAGCCAAGACCUGAUUCCCAGAUGAGGACCCUGGCGCAGAGCCCAGCGCUGAGCCCUGUGUACGGUGAGGAGGACGCGGGAGCCAUCUGCACGCGGGCCACCGAGCUGCUGACCCUGCUCAAGAUGCCCAGCGUGGCCCAGUUUGUGCUCACGCCCAGCGCAGAGGUGUCCGAGCCCCGCUAUCACCGGGACGCCAACACAGCCCUGCCGCUGGCCCUGCGCACGGUCAGCCGCCUGGUGGAGAAGGAGGCGGGCCUCCUGCCUGGAUGAGGGACGGUGGCGGGGGGGACGGCGGCCGGCCGCAGAUUAAGAGCCUGGUAUUAGGGCCAAGCCGCAGCUGCCGUGACCAGAGGGCAAGUCAGGAGGGGCGUGAGGCCCGGGGAGGAGGCCUGGGUGGGUCUGGGUCCCUCCGUGCUAAGUCAGGGCUGUCCCGUCCUCAGCCUUCGGGUGUCCGGGUGUUUGUCUCUCUGCUCUGCUGAGCUGUGUGGUGAAACAGGAUUCGGAGCUCUCACGCUGUCGGGGGCUGGAUGGGGGCUGCUUGGUCUGUUUCUGGCUGCUCCUCGCUCGGGGGCAAGAAGAGGUGCAGCAACAAUAAACCUCUUUCAGAAAGUCCCUGUGUGCACGAGGCAGGGGAGAGGGCCGGGUAUGGGGAGCGCCGCUGGGCUGGGGCCGUUUCUUCCCCCCGAGUCCCCACAGCGUCCCCGAUGUUACAGAAGUAACAGCACGGAUGUGGGCGAUCAGAAAGGGAGCCGCGUGACCCUCCCACCGGUGCGGCUGCCACCGGGAAGGGCCUUUGCUCGGCGUCCUCUCUUAGCCCGGCUUCUGAUGCUGCUGAAUGAGCCCGCUGGGGCUCUUCGGGCCUGCAGCCUCCCGCCGCCCGAGGUAGGGGGCAGGGCCAAGCCGGCGGGGACCCCGACACCUGCCGCCGGAGCCUCAGCGCAAGUCCGGGUCGCUCUGGCGUCAUGCCGAGUGGGGGAGACACGCUGGGUGUGGUGGCGCGAGAAGCCUCCGGCCCCUGUUCCCCUCCCGCCUUGGACGCCGGCUCCCAAGGUUCCCCUCCGCUCCGCCGGGCGCGCACACGCGUCCGGCCACCGGGUGGCGCUGCUGCUCCGCGAGCCUCUGCCCGGCCCGCCGGCCCCGGCCCCGGCCCCGCCCCUCGCCCCGCCCCCAGGCCCGGGGCCCGCGACGCCGGCGGCUCGCACGCCGGAAGCAGCUGCGGCCGCCGAGGACGUGGGGGGGGUGGGCCCGCAGGGGGUGUUCGCCUCGCCCCGCCUGGCGCCCCGGCCCCAGGAGGACUUCCGGGAGACGACAGGUGACGCGCCCGUGGAGCGGAGCGGUGGGCGUCGGGGCGGGACGCGCCCGGGCCAGCCUGGUCCUCCCAGGCCGGGGCCGACCCAGCCCCGCGGCUCGCCGACCCCGCCCGCCCCCCGGGGCCCCGGGGCUCCCGGCCCGGUCCGCGGACCCCACCCCGCGCUGACCCGCGCGGCCCCGGGCCCGAGGUCGGGGAGGUCGGGGUGGACGGUGCGCGUUCACGCAGAGAGCAGGUUCGGCCCCGCAAGAUGCCUGCGGGGCCUGUUGCCGGUGAGCGCUCGGCUGGGCGUGUUUUCGGGCCCCCCCGCCCCGAAGCUUUGGGCCCCCAGCCCGCGGAGGGGCCGGGCGGUGAGCGCGGCCUUGGGGGAGGCGCGUGUCCCGCGCUUCCCCGGGAGCCAGGGCCGCUGCAGGGACGGUCCCCUCGCGCUCGCUUCGCAGGCCGAGCCGCCGUGUGCCUGCGGGUCUAGGCGGAAAGCGCCCGAGUUCAAGCCCUGGGGGCCGCCACGGGGCAGACCGAGUUCUGGGGCUCGGGUUUCCACCCCCGGGCCCGCGGCGCACACCCUUGCGGUGGGCCGGGGCGGGGGCGGGGCGGCGCGCUGAGCACCCACUGACGGGGGCUUCCCGUCGCCUGGGCCUGGGCCGCCGGGCUGUGGGCGGAAGGCGCCAGAAACGUGCUGGGGCGCUGGGCUCGGCCGUGGCCGAGGGAUCACCCCGCCGGGAGCCCGGAGCCCCUGCCAGCCGCGCGCGGUGAGGGCGGGCGUGUUUCAGAGCGUAGGGCACGGGCCGGGGCAGAAGAUCAGCCUCCCUGCACGCGAUUCCCCGUCUGGAAAACGGCGGGGGCGCUGUGGGCAGGGGACGAGCCUGCCGCGAGCCCCGCGCGCGUCGCCUCUGCCGCGGCUCCAGCCCCUGGGGAACUUGGGUGCGUGGGCCCCGCGCCCGGCGCCGCAGCCUUGCCUCCUUCGCGGCACGAGUGGCGAACAGCGGAGACCGGUGGCCGGGCAGGCCUUACCAGGCUGCUCUCGGCCUCCCUGAACUUGCGCCCCGCUUCAGUUCGGGGCUCGAAGCGCUUCCCUUUUGGGUCCAGUCAUCGUGUUUAAAAUGGGUUUUUUAAACUGCGUGUUAUCCAGCUCUCUGGACACUCAGUAGCAGGUGGGGCCUCUGUGGAGCCGCCGAGGGCCUGGAGCAGGUGCAGGCCGCCCCCCUCCUGCGCCCACCGGGGGCAGCGUGGAGCUGCGCGGACCCCGCGCCCCGGGCUGGCCGAGCACACCCCUGGGGUGGGUGUCUCCCGCCCCGAGACCCACUCCUCCCCCCGUCUCCCUUCCUGCCGGAGAGGAGGACCCUGGCCCCGAGCCCGGCCCCGAGCUCCGUGCGCCGGGAGGCGGCCCCUGCCGACGACACCUGGCACGCAGGCGCCCGAGCCCCGCCGUCCCCGCGGCCCCCGGCACGGCCAGCGGCCCGGUGGAGGAGGAGGGGAGGCUCGUGCCGGGGUGAAGGGACGGUGACCUGGGGGACGCCGGCCAAGCCGCGGCUGCCGUGAGCGGAGGGGCGGGGGGGGGGGAGGCCCCGAGUGCCCCGAGUGGGUAAAGGCUCCCGCUGCCACCGCCUGGCUCAGGGGGUUCUAGACCUUUCUCUGAACGAUGCCGAGCCUGUGAGGAGCAGGAGCUCCCUGCUUCGGGGCGGGGGGGGGCAGAGAGCGGGCAUCACUAGGAUCCUGUGUCCUCCCGGGGAGCCCAGCCCCGCGCCCACUCCAGCGCCACACGCCGCCACCUCGUCAGAUUACGGAAGAUAGUUUAUUGAAUCUAUACGUUUCCUUAAAAGCUUUAAACAUAAAAGCUCUGUAACAAACAUCACAACUUAGUGUUAUCGGUCGUAUAAAUAAAAUAUACACUAAGAUGUACAUCGUCCACAGCGAGGACCACGGAGCGGCUUGGGGGCAGGUGGCCGAGCCUCAGGGCGGGGAGCGCGGGGCCGGCCCCCUAGGGAGGCGGCGUGCGGAAGCGGAAGCGGAUCUUCUUGGCCGUUUCCGCGUCAGCCUUGGCAACCAGAAACCGCAUCUUCUUUCCCCCGCGUCGGAUCAGGUCCACGGCUCUGAAACGCGGGGGGCGGACAGGAUUCACCUCAGGCCCAGCCUCAGGGCAGGCGAGGCAGGCGGGGGUGCCGGGGGUGCCUGGGACGGGGGCCCAGCCCCUCCGUGAGGGGCCCGUGCUGGGGCUGCUGUGUCGGCCGAGGUCGGUGGAGCCGGCUGAGCCUCCGCUCCCUCGCCUCUAACGGGGGCGGGGGCCGUCACGACCGGACCCGCUCGCAGGCCGCUGCGGCACGAGGGCAGGGGUACCUCAGGUAGCUGACGCCCCUCAGGCUGCUGCCGUCCACCUCCAGGAUGCGGUCCCCCAGGGACAGGCGGCCGUCCGACGCCGCGGGACUGCCCGGGAGCAGGGUCUGGAUGUAGAGCCCGGGCGCGCCCAGCGGCGUGUGCUGGGGGAGAAGCAGCGGGUCGGCGGGGGCUCAGCACUGGACAGCCCCCCGCAAGCCCCUGCUCCCCAGCUUUCCUCCGGUGCACUCACCAUGCCGUCGAUCAGGCCCAUCCCCAGCCCCGAGGGGCCCCGCUCCAGCUCCACCACGAAGACGUAGCAGAAGUCAUCCGAGCUGGAGCUGCGGCUGCACGGGGCCGGCGGGGCCGCGUCCUCGGGGCCCACGCCGUCUCCUGGGCGGGCAAGAAAGGGGCCCCUGUGCACGCCGCCGCCGCCGCACGCCCCGCCCCUGGAAGCGGGCUCACAGAGCCCCGCAGGGAGGGGUGCAGACCCCCUCGGGGCCACGUGUGCCUGCGCGGGGCACCUCCAGCGCCCCCACGGCUGCCCUGGGACACGAGUCCCGUCCGGCCAGGGCCAGGGCCUGAGCAGGGGCUCUGCUCAGGCUCCCGGCACAGAGCUCCCCUGGGACCCUUCCCCUCCCUCCGCACCUCUAAGGGGGGACUCCGUGUCCGUCCACCCCGCCCCCCCGUGUCUGAGCCUGCCCCCUUCUUGAGCCGGGGCCCCCCUGAGGGUCCUGUACCUUCUCUCCCCGGGAGGUCAGAGCCGUUGGCUGCAGACCAGCACCACGAAGCAGGGGUCCUACCUCAGGCCCCGCUCUACCUGCGUGGCCCCCGCCCUCGGGACACGCUCCGAAGUCUGCCGGCGCACGGCCCGUGCAGCCCACGUGGGGGCAGAGCCCCCCCCACACACACACCUCACUCCUCCGUGCUCGCCCCUGAGCCAUCCUUCCUCUGCCCUGGGCGGAGCCACCUGGUCCCACAGAUGGCUGUGUGUGGCCCAGCUGCCCUCCAGCAUCCCGGGCUGUGGGCGAUCGAGCGCGGGCACCGCCAGCCCAGGCCAAACAUGCCACUGGGAUCUCGUGGGCGGCAUGACCCCAAGCGGCUCUGCCAGGUGGCAGCAGGGCUGGGUGCAGGCGUGAGCCCGGGGACACGGCUCACCUUCUGGAGCUGCGCUCCUCCUCCCUUCCGGGAGCGCUUUCCCACGGGUGCCGCCAGGCUCGGGCCAGUCCGGGACGGCGGGCUCGAGGCCAAGUGGGGUGCUGGGAGGCGUCAGCAGGCACGAGGAGUCUACGUGCGAGGGGCCAGCCUGGGGGCCCCCGCAGCUGUGCCUUCCCGGAGGGCCCUGUGCGCGGGGAGCGCCAGCAGAAGGCAGAGCGCGCACCUGGCCGGCUUCAUGGGCUCCCCUGGAAACGAGCGGGCAGCUCUGGCCCUCGGGGUGCCCCUCCGGGGUGGUGUGGUGCGGGCCCUGGGUGGGGGUGGGGGCGGGGGUGGAGAAAGCGCUCAGGUACUCAGCCGCCCGGCGUGGUGGGAGAACCGAAGGGGCCCCGGGAGCUCCCAGGGGCGGCAGCCAGGCCCUGUGCUGGCUGCCCCCGUCCGCCCCGUCACCAGGGUCCGUGCCCCGACAGCCGGGCCCGGGUACCUCGAGGCACUCCGGCUGGGAAGGUGCAGCGACGGGGCUGGGCUUGCUGCGCAGGCUCCACAGGAAGUGGCGGACGUAGAGAAGGUGCUGGUAGAUGCUGUCAUCCAGGCAGUCCGCCUCCAAGUCCACCUGGAAGCCCUCGCUCGGCAACACGAUGGGUGGGGGGUUUUCGUACGACUCCAGGACCUCCUCUGGGGCGGGGGGGAGGAUGAAGGGACCACCCGGCCAGGAGUAGCCUUCCUGCCCCUCCCCAGGCACGCCAGCCACCCACCCCACCCCGGCGGGACUGGGGACACCGCCAUGCGGCAUCCAGCCAGAAGUGAACUGCCCAAGCCAGCGCUCGGCCCUUCUGCACCCGGUGGCCGCCCAGGACGAGGCCAGGCUGCCCCCAGUGGAGCGCCCACCACGGGGCAGGCCUCAGGAGCGAGGAGCCCAGGGUCCCGCUCAGAGCACUUGUUCCAUCCAGGCCGAGGCGCUGAGGGGUGGGGACCCUACUUCCAGCUGUGUCUUCUCUUUGUGUCAUGACGUGCAUCACGCAACAGAGAGAGAAGACCCAGAGAGGCCGACGCAGGCCGUGUGCGUACACACAGGUGCCCAGCACACCCAGCUCCGCACGCAGGGUGCAGGCCCCGCCCUCCUCCUGGUCGGCUGGGCCCCGAGCGCUCGGGCUCCUCGAUGGGGAGGGGGACCGUGGACUCUGACCUCCCGCUGUGGGGGUCUCUGGGUCCCCAGGUGGGGGAUGGGGCAGGGCGCUCCCAGAGGAAGGUGGCCCCGGGGGGAGGUCCUAGGUGCUCCCCAGGCUCCUCCAGGAAGUCACCCAGGGAGGCUCCCCUCUGCCCCCACACGGCGCGCGGGGCCCCUGGCUCCUGCCCCGGAGGCGGCUCACCUGACCUGAAGGCCUCGGGGCUGUCCUGGGCACCUGGCUCCCAGGCACUCAUGGGGCCCACGGCCGAGGCCAGCUGGUACUGCGUCAGCAGCCGGCGUAGCUGUGCGGGGCUCAGGGUGGGGAACGCAGCCCGCAGGUCUGUCCAGCUCAUCUGGGUGACAAGCAGCAGCUCACGGUCAGAGGCCCCUGGAUGGCGCAGCCACACCCCCGGGGGGGGCUUCUACGUGCUCUAGGGGCAGGGGCAGAGGGCCCGGGCUCCCUGGCCACGUGCUCUCAGCUCGCUCGCGCAGGGCCUCUGGCACUGUGAAGGCGGGUGAGGUCAGCAAGGGGGUCAAAGCCCCAUGGGCGUCCAGGGUGAGAGCCGGGGGGGUGUCUGUUCCUGGGGGGCGGCCAGCAGGCACCACACCCAGUGCUCUGUCCACCGAACGUGCCUCUCCCCAUGUCACCUCGCGGGGCUGAGAAGGGCGGCAGAGAGCCCUGGGGAUUCGGGGAAAGGGGGUUCCCGCCUCUCAGUGCGUAAGAGACCCGACCCGCCAGGCUGGGGACCCCGAGACUGGCUCUGUGGACGGACAGGGAGGCUUCCUUGGGGGGGACCAGCAGCCUGACCUUGUGCGCAAAAUGCAACAGCUUGCGCCAUUCCCUGCGACCCUGGUCUCCACGGGCCAGGGAUGUCCCUCCUCUCUCGUUUUCUGGAACCCUGUCUUCUGCCUUCUGGGCUAAUUCUCGUUUCUGUGGCACAGACCCUCACCACUGCCCCUGCCGCCAGGGGAACCGGUCCACACUCAUGCUCUCCAUGGUGGCGACUCCCUUGUCCCCCAGCUUCUGACGCGGCCCUUGAAAGUCGGAAACCACGCUGACGGCUGAUCCUCGGCGUGUGUCCUGUCUUUAUUCUUCCAGGAAGUUCACAGGCUUCUCGCGGCCGUGGUCCCCACACUGCGGCGCUGCGCUCUCCAGAACCUCGGGGCGGAUGGGCCUGGGGACGUCUCGGUCCCCCCUGGGCCAUGGCCACCACCUCCUACUGUUCGGAGCCUGGGCCUCGCUGGCAGGUCCUUCUCUCGUCCCAUCUUUGCCUUCACUCCUGUGCUUCCCUCUUUUCUGGGUUUCCUGCCAAGGGGCCUGGGCUGUAGGUAGCAAGUGCCUUGGCCAGAGGGACAAGCGUGGCCCCAGGCUACGUUGCGGGGGGCGCAGGGCAGCGCGGGGAGCACACCCCCCGGCUCAGGACAGCCUCUGUUGGCCCGAGGCGGUGCUUCUGGUUUUCUCAGUUCCGAGAACCCCGGCUUCCCUCCCCCAGCCGUGCGGCAUCCAGGGCCGGUGUCCAGGCGCCAGGGGCCUAGCACGCUCCCCUGUCCUCCUUCCCCCGAGUGCGGACCCAUGUUCUGGGUGACUUCCUGGACUCGGUCUCCGGAUCUUGCCUCUGAAUCCUUCCUCUCUGCUGCCAGCUUUAGUUUCCAAGAAUCCUCUUGGUUCUUCUAUUUAUAGAAUGCAGUUAUCUUACGGACACUAAGUCUUCUCUUUAUGAAGAUGUAUUUUAAGUUUCUUCUCCCUGAGAAGUCUGUUUCGGGGGAUGGCAAACUAUGGCCCGAGGCCUGUAUUUGAAGGGCCCUCCAGCUAAGAAUGGUUUUCACAUUUUAUGAAGGGCUUAAGACAACAACGAAGAAGAAUUUGGGAUGGUGACUCUCUGUGGCCCACAAAGGCUAAAGUACCAACCACCCGGCCCUUUACAGAGAAGCCUGCCAGCCCAAUCUGUGCCCCCCAACCCCUCUCCCCACAUCCGUCUCUCCUGUUCCAGAGCGGGAGCCGAGUCUGCCCGGCCGGCUUGCGGUGGGACCUGGGUCUGCAUCCCCCACCAGGACUGUCCCCGACCACCCAGCGGGCCAGCACCUGCCGCGGGGAGGGCACAGGCCCCCACCGAGCAGGCAACGGCCCACGGCCUCCGGCCCUCAGAUGCUCCUUGGCCCCUAGUAAGCCCCCUUUCCAGAACGAGACUCCUGGUGUCAGGAUGACGCCUGGUCUCCUGGCCUCGAGACCCUUGGUCGUCAACACUCUAGAGAUCGGCCCAGGGCUUCUGGCAGUGUGAGGGGGACAGGCACCCAGCCACACAGGAAGGGGCGGCCGAGGACCCAGCGCUGCUUUGUCAUCGUCCUGUGCGUCUCGUGCUGACGAGGGCCCGUGACCUCGGCGCACAUGUCCGUGGGGGGGAGAGCUGUGGCGAGCUCUGACCGGGCAGCCAGGCGCCCCCACUAUGAAUAAAUGUUUUCCUGGCACGAUGGAGAUGCAGUCGUUCCUACUCCUUUUCAGCGUUCGCUCUGAAGAUGUCCCCUUCCUCGUCUCGAUGCUGGCGGUUUGUAAUUUCCCACUUUAUUACACUCUUCGAAGAGCCACUCUUGGCCUUCUGCUCCUCUUGUUGUCUGUUCACAGACCUUCGGGUUUGGCAGCUCCGCUCCUGCGCCAGGAUCUUCCUUCUCGGCCCUGUUGUCCCCGUCGCGUGUAAGGGCUACACGGUUUCCCCAGGAGCCAGGCUUCUCCGCUGCUCAGGCGGUCACCCGCCUCCUGGCCUCCACAGGGCUCGUCUCCUCCGCGCUCUUUGUCCCCCCGGGGGCUUGUGCCGCCAAGAAGCCAACCAAAUGCCUAUGUUGCAUCCGCGAUCCGCACACAUGUGCCUGGUUUCUGAACUGUCUCUAGUGAACCCAUGUGUCACUUUUAGAAUUAAAAAAAAAUCCAGUAACUUACAAGACACCUGAACCGGACCUAGUCCCCAACACAUGGCAGACUGUCCGUAUCCGCUGAGCGAUCCCUGGCCGGGGGGACUCGGCGUGGGCAGCACGAAGCAGAGGUUGCUGUGCGGGUAGCUGGUCACACCGCGCGGUGCGGGGCGGACAGCAGCUGCCGUUACGGAGAGCCCCGGUGACCCAAACCCAGAUGACACCUGCCGUGUGGUGAUCCUCGGGCAGAGGCGGAGGGUCUGACUCUACAGCAGACCGGCAGGUCCGCAGUCCCUGCAGGAGCGUCCUGCUGGCUACGCCCGAGGUGCCCAUUUGGUCCAGACGCUCCCGGCAGCGCCGGCCGUGCGGGCCUCUCCACGUCGUCCCCGGGCACACUGGCUGUUUCGCCAGGCAGGAAAGGGACACCACUGGUUUGGGUUCAGGGAUCAUCCGCGACGACAAAUGCGCACUCUGACAGUCCUGGGGGUCAGACGCCCAGCAACCGUGGGGCCCAAACCGAGGAGCCAGCAAGGCUGCAUUCUGCUUGCGCUCCUGGGCCGUCCGAAUUCAGUGGAGGCCUGUUCCAGCUUCCGGAGGCCGCCACAGCCCAUGGUCCCUCUUCAGAGCCAGCCGGGCCGUCGAGUCCCUCCUCCCGUCCUCUCUCGGACCCACGCUUCUGCCUCCCUCUCCCACUUCUAAGGGUCAUGUGCUUAGACGGGGCCCAGCAGACAAGCCGGGGUAAGCUCCCCAUCUCGGGGCCCCCAACCUCAAUCACACGUGCAGAGCCCCCCGUGCCGUGUGGGGUCCGACAUCGCUGGGGCCUUCUCCUGCCUGCAGGUGGGAAGGGCUGUGGGAGGGGAGCCACUCCGCGAGCUCUCAGGGGCCCGGAGGCCAGCUCUGGGUUUGUCGGGCACCCCCUACCUGGAUGAGCUGUGCGCGGGGCGUGGCCAGCAGGUUGAGUGUGCAGGAAAGCUUCUGGAAGAAGCGCUCCCCGGCCUCCCCGCAGCCGGCGCUCCUCAUCCACUCCAGGAGCUGCUGCAGGCGGGCGCAGGCCUGGACGCCUCUGGGCCAGUGGAAGCAGCUCAGAGAGGGGCCUGGGAGCGGGCAGGGAAGGUGACGCCCAGCUGCUCCCCACAUGGCAGUCGUGCCCCCCGCCCUCCCCAGGGGGCUCCCCAACGCCUGUCCUCCCCGACUCCAAGCCUCUGGGGACAGGCCUGACAACCGUACGUGGGUGUCCAAGGCCACUAGGCUGCUUCUGGACCCCUCUCUUGGCGGGGGGGUGGGGGGAGGAGGGGGGCACGGAUGGGGGUGGGACAGCCACGGAAUCCCAAUGCAGAGAGUCCACACCUAUAGCCAAGAUGCCUGCUCCCACCCGGAUCCUGCCCUCGGAGCCCGACCAGCCGGGGAGGGCCGCGCUGGGGACACACGUGUGCCACGGGUCUGCACGCAUGGCAUGCUCAUGUCCCCGUGUCCCAGCGGGGCCCGUGGCUGGAAGAAACUGGCACCCCGAGCCCCUGGCAGUGAGGAGCCUGGGGGGCAGAGGCCAAGUCCCUUCUCUGAGCCCGUCCCUCCUCGCUCCCCAGUGGGGCUGUGUGGGGGUAACAGGAACCAGGAAGGGCCCGAGCAGACCCCACCCCACCCCGGGGCCCGUGUGCAGACACUGACGCACACUCCUGAAGCUGCCCCGGGCCUCAACCUGCCCGCCAGAACCCCAGGCAGCGAGAUGCCUCGGCCCCCCAGCAGCCCCCAGCACCCGCUCAGCUUCUGCAGCAGGGGUGGGGGUCCCCGCACUCCCCACCCCGGGCCUCACCCUUGUCCAGGAGCUGGUUGAAGAGCAGAGUGCCGGAGAAGAAGAAGAGGUAGGCCAGCACCUGGGAGGCGAUCUCGGGGUGCACCCGGAACUGCCGCAGGAGGUCCAGGGUGGCCUGGUAGACCGACACGACGUGGCGCAGCUCCUCGGGCAGCUGGGGGGCGGGGCACCAGCUCUCCUGGCGCUCCGUCUGGAAAGGGGGGCACUCCAGCAGGGCCGGGAGGCAGACGUACAGGGACUGGGGGCGAGAGGGAAACCCCAGCUGCACGCGAGCCCCCCGCCUGGGCCCAUCGCGGGUCCUGCUGAACGGGCCCCAGCUGCCCGGGGCCACGGGGGCUCGGGACCAGCUCCGGCUAAAGCAGCAGAGGACACCAGGAGGGGCACAGAGCCCCGGCCAAAGGGCUGCUGGAGACGCCCCACAGGUCUUGGGGGGGCUGCACCCCUCCUGUCUUAUCAGACAGAAGGGUGGCAAGGGAGCAGCUGGCGGGUCCCCCGAGGGACCACACCCCCAGCACCGGAGCAACCCUCCCGCGGAGCCAAGCCGGGCGCAGCAGCCUGGGGGCCAGGCAACGGCCCCGGUGGAAGGCCUGGCAGGACGGCAGGCACCCACACUCGCCUCGGGGCUGACGGGGCAGCGUCGGCUGCUCCCCAGAAACAAGGUGAAGGCACCACCUCUGAGGGGAGUCCUCGCUGCCAGUACAUCUCAAGGGCUCCACGCAGCUGGGAGCACCUGAGCACAGGGCUGCCUGACUCGACCGUCUGAGCUCCGUGCGGAACAGACAGGGAAUCCAAGCAUUGUCCCCAGCAUGCUGUCUCCAACGAACCCCUCCUGCUUCCCGCUGGAGAGCAGGGUGGCAGCUUCCAUGCCACCCCCAAGUCCCUCUAAGUUAAAACUCAGUCCCGGGCGCCUGGGUGGCUCAGUCGUUAAGCGUCUGCCCUUGGCUCAGGUCAUGAUCCCAGGGUCCUGGGAUCGAGCCUCACAUCGGGCUCCCUGCUCUGUGGGGAGCCUGCUUCUCCCUCUCCUCCCCACUUGUGCUCUCUCUCUCAAAUAAAAAAAAAAAAAAAAAAAAAAAAAAACCUCAGU